GAAUAGUUCAAUACAGAAACUGAGAGACAUCUCCUUUAUAGGACUAUUCCUCUUCGCUCGGAGUCAGAAAAGCAGAAUUACUUUGCAGAGAGAGAAGCCCGCAGGCCAUGAGCGUGAAGUAGUCACCAUUCGUAAGAGUCGGUAAAGGUUGUAAUUAUUUUUUGAUCGGAAUCUGGUGUUAUCUUCAAGGCAAAGUUUAAUUCCCGGCGUGUUUUCCGAUCUGCAGAUUCUUCUGGGUCAGUGUGAUCUUUGGGCAAGAUGAGUGAGGUAUUUGAAGGAUACGAGCGCCAAUACUGCGAGCUAUCGGCAAAUCUAUCGAGAAAAUGUACCUCCGCUGGUAUUCUUGAGAGAGAGCAGAAGAAGCAAAAGGUUUCUGAAAUUAAAGCUGGAUUGGAAGAUGCGGAGGCUUUGAUUAGGAAAAUGGACCUUGAGGCAAGAAGUUUGCAGCCAAGUGUGAAGGCUAUGCUCCUUGCAAAAUUGAGGGAGUACAAGUCUGAUCUGAACAAUCUGAAAAGUGAAGUUAAGAGAAUCACAUCCACUAAUGCUAAUCAGGCUGCACGAGAUGAAUUGUUGGAGUCGGGAAUGGCUGAUACACUGAUGGCAUCUGCUGAUCAGAGAAGCAGAUUGUUAAUGGCAACUGAUAGAUUAGAUCAGUCCAGUGGUCGGAUUAAGGAGAGCAGAAAAACAAUGCUGGAAACAGAAGAACUUGGUGUCUCAAUCCUUCAGGAUUUGCAUCAACAACGUCAGUCUCUCCUGCAUGCAAAUAACACUCUUCAUGGGGUUGACGACAACAUUGGCAAGAGUAAGAGGAUUUUGACCACCAUAUCAAGAAGGAUGAGCAGGAAUAAAUGGAUAAUCGGCAUCAUAAUAGCAGCUCUAGUUGUUGCAGUCAUCUUGAUCCUGUAUUUUAAGCUCCGCUAGGGAGGUAUGCUUGUUCAAUUGUGUUUUUACCUACUAUUCUCUAUAAUUGCGGGUGUGUUUGAAAAUGAUGAUCAGAUGCUUGUGUGGCCAGUAUAUACUCAUUCAGAUGCUAUGGUGUUUUAUAUUCACCCUUUCAACACAGUCUCUGCCCAUUAUUUGCCUAUGGAUAUAGAAUAAUCAAAAGCUGUCAUUUUCCUCA